AUGUCUGCAGCGCGCGCGGCUCCGGGGAGGCGCAGGGGGAGCCCCCCGCCGCUGCGGGGUCCCAGCCUGGCGCCAGCCCCGAGCUGCGGGGAUUUAUUUGGGGGGGGGGUGGGGGGGUGUGAGGGAUGCUUUGGGGGGGGUCCAACCCCCGUCCCCCCCCCAUCCCCACGCUGGGGGUGCCGCUGUCGGUGGGGCCGGCCGUGCGUGGCGGGGGCGCCGCGUCCCGCUGGGCCCCCACCUUGCCCCCUCGCCUGGCCCCCCCCCCAGGUGGCGGGCAGGAAGGGGUUCCCCCACGUCAUCUACGCCCGGCUGUGGCGCUGGCCGGACCUGCACAAGAACGAGCUGAAGCACGCCAAGUUCUGCCAGUUCGCCUUCGACCUCAAGUACGACAGCGUCUGCGUCAACCCCUACCACUACGAGCGCGUGGUGGCCCCGGCCAUCGGUCUGAGCAUCCCCAGCGCAGUGCCCCCCGCCCGCCUGGUGAAGGAGGAGUUUGUCCAUGACUGUGUGCAGAUGGAGGUGCCGCACGGGGCCAAGCGGGCGCCGCGCCCCCCCGCCGAGCCCUACCGCCCGCCGCUGCCCCCCCCCGCCGCUCCCCGAAUCCCCCCGCGCCCCCGGGAGCCUCUACCCCGCGCUGCCCAUGUCGCCCCCAGUGGCCCCCGGCGGCCCCCUGCUCCCGCUGCCCCACGGCGAGGGGCUGCUGCGGAUCGCCUGCCCCACCCCGCCCCCGGCCACGCCAGCGCAGCCCCCCCCGCAGAACGGGUACCCCGCGCCCCCCAAGCCUCCCUACCACGGUGAGUACCGGGG